GCAGCAUCAGUACCUUGCUAUGGCCGUAUCGCCACUUCGAAACCAAAGCUUCGCCCAGAACCCAUCGAGCUCGCCCCUAAGGCCACCGCAUGUUCAACAGCCUGGCAAACCGAACCUGAACGACAUGCCCCAGAAGAUCUUCCUGGCCGCUCUCCAGAGCAAUCGCACACUUGUCCCAGCAAACCCUGUAAACAACCCAUUGAACUCACAACGCAUCGAUGCUGUCGCACAUGCCAUGUGGCAGGUCAUCUUCAUCAACGAGAACAUGAUGAAGGGAAUUACCACGAAAGCCUCCAUGCUCCCGCAGCUCAAGCUUCGCGCGUUGGCCAGGCUGAACUAUCUGCCGAGUUGGUGGUUCAUUCGCGAGAUGGCGUGUGGCGUUAUGGCGCGUCAGGGGUGGCUUAUGGACGACAGCGAGAUGCAAGGUCUUUGGAAAGAGACAGUGGAGUGGUGUACAAGGGUGGAAAUCAAGGUCGGAAUGCAAGGUGAUAGUGCCGCGGCAACGAAGCAAGAAGAACGUCUGGUCCAAGCUCCUACGGUUCGGGAACGAGUCUUGAAAGUGGAGUCUUAG